AUGAACGGCGAAGACCCACCCGAGCGGCCCGAUUACAUCACCAGCAUCAUCAACGGCCUCGAGCGGUACAAUCCAGAGGCCGUCGGCUCACUCGAGACGUAUCUGACGGAGCAAUGCGAUCAGAAGUAUUGCGACUGCAGUGCCAACCGGACACUGCUGAAGCUCUACCAACUUAAUCCUGACCGGAUCAAGGAUGAGGUCGUCACCAACGUCCUCGUCAAAGCCAUGACGCAGUUCCCCUCGGCACAAUUCUCUCUCGCACUCCACCUUAUCAACCCCUCGGUCGCCGCCACGGGCGAGCUGCACGAGGCCCUGACCAAGCUGCGCACGCUCAACUCCCAGCUCGAGGGCGCGCAGUACACCCAGUUCUGGGCCAACGUGGACGGCGACGACCUCUGCGCCGACCUCGUCGCCGAUAUCUCGGGCUUCGAGGACAUGAUCCGGCACCGCAUCGCCUUGCUGGUCUCGCAGGCUUUUAGGGAGAUUAACCUCAGCCACCUGGAAUCAUGGCUCGGCCUGAGCGAGGACGCCACCAAGAAGUUCGUCAUGGAUGUCUGCGGCUGGGGGGUCGACGGCGACGGCAGCAUCAAGAUCCCUUCGAAUCCGGACAAUGAGGCUAAGAAGGCGGAGAUUCGCGAGGACGUCAACGUCGACCAGUUUGCGAGGGUGAUUCGGAGGUCCUGGGAGACGACCGCAUGA